GAACUUAUUGCAGUAAAUUAUAAUUUAUUUCUCAAAAAUAAAUAUUUCGAAAGAAGAACUUCAUUAAAAAUUGAUAAUAUUAAAAACUCUUUCAAAAUAUUCCAACGGCACUCUACUGUCAAAAAACCAAACACCAAACUUCACAUCACCUUUCUAUAGCUAUCUUGAGUAAACAUAACAAAAAAGUCAAAAUUGAUAACAAAUCAUAAACAAAACUUACAAUAUCGAAUAUUUACAUCGUUUCUUUGUCCCAGCGAAAUUCUAUCAAAUUUUAUUACUUCACCCACCACAAACAAAAGUUAAAGUGUAAAUCAUUGCAAGGAUAAACACGGUUCGUUCGACAAUGGCUGAUGAUCAUUCGGAUAGUUCACUAACAUCGAUCGAUGACGAGCGGACAGACAAUACGGAAAAUCUGUGCGAAAACCCAACCCGAGACAUCCUAACCGAGGGAUUUUUCCGCCUCUUCAAGCCAGUCAUCGACGAUCUGGAAAACAACAUCCGUGGUGCAAGCAAAACGCAAAGCGAAUUACGCCAGCAGCUGGAAGAAUUGUCCGGCGAAAUGAAGAAUCUCAACUUCGAGAACGAUCCCGUGUUGCACGAAUAUUUCAAACGUAUGGUACGCGUAAAGCAGAAGGUUGUUGUGAUAAUGAACAUUCUCCAGGGGGCACAGGAAAGACUUGUGAUGUUGUGCCAGCAGCAGGAACUUCAAGCUCCCGUGCCUAGCUCUUGAAGAUUGUGCAUUACCAAAGCUAGCUUAAUGUUUAAUGUUACGUAGCCGUUUGCUUUUCAUUCCCAUACAAAUAAAUAUAUUCAUUUUAUCUACUACCA